UCUUCCCUAUUUUGGUUUAUUUCUGAACACUACAGACUAAUUCCUUCGUAAUUGUUGAGAAAUUUUGGGAUUUUCUGGGCAUUUCGAUCUCUCAAAAAGAUGGGAUCUUUGUUCCUUAUUUAAGCUGUUGCAUGACUCUGCGGGUGAAAAAGGAGAUAAAGUUUGGGACUUCUCGAUUGGUGCAUGCGGAUUGUAUGGUUUUGAGUGUGGGUUUCUGACAUCUCCAUAUCAGUUCCUUCAGAACUUAGCUCAUUCUCCCGUUUGAGAACUGUGCAGUUCCUUGGAACAGAAAGACCUUGGCUGAAUCUAUAUGGGAUUAGGGUUCGGCCUGUUGCACCGUUUGGAAGUGUCAGUGGUUUUUGCACGAACGAGUCCUUACACUUUAGGAAGGGCAGCAUGUGUCUGCCGCAAAUGGAGAUAUACUAUCCGUAAUCCCAGUUUAUGGCGCACUGUGUGCCUAAAAACUUGGCAGAUGUCUGGAGCAGAAACAAACUACAAGAUUGUCCAGUCUAUGUAUGAGGGUUCUUGGAGGAAAAUGUGGGUUCGAAGGCCAAGGAUUCGCAGUGAUGGCCUUUAUGUGAGUAGGAAUACUUACAUUCGUACUGGAGUUGCAGAGUGGAAAGUUACAAAUCCUGUCCAUGUGGUCUGCUACUAUCGUUACUUGAGAUUUUAUCCAAGUGGAAAGUUCCUCUACAAGGUUUCUUCUCAAAGAGUAAAGGAGGUGGCAAAAUGCAUGAAUUUCCGUGCAUCUAAGGCAGACUCUGUUUUCAAGGGUGAUUACACAUUAACUGAAGACCAUCUUGAAGCUGCGCUGUUGUACCCAGGCUCACGUCAUACUCUUUUAAGGAUGCUCCUAAGGCUUAGAGGUACUACAAUUGGGGCAAACAAUCGUCUGGACCUAUUAAAACUUCUUACAACUGGUGUAAAUGAAAGUGAAAUAAGAAAUCAGGAAGACAUGCUUGGAGUUGUAGAAGGCUGGCAGGAGGAUGAGACGCAUAACCCUGAUGUGCCUGCUAUUUCCCAUAGAAGGGGUUUGACACCCUUUGUAUUUGUUCCAUUUGAGGAGGUGGAAACAUCAGUUCUAAAUCUUCCUGUGGACAAGAUGGAUUACUUUGUUCCUGGCUGAUACUGAAGUGCUUGGUGUCUUGUGUAAAUAUAUACAGGCUUGUUCUGUUUUCAUCGGUAUCUACACCAUACAUUGUCAUCCUUGUCAAGAACUUUGUUUUCUCUCUUCAAGGAACCUCGAUCAUGGAAGCUAUGUUCUUCCGAUGACAUGCAGCCCCUGCAAGAUAACAGGGUAUUCCACCUGGAAAUGUAUUUCUUCUUGUUUUGGUAUUAGAACCAUCUAGCUUUAUUUUUAAUCCACCUAUUUGGACAAGUUGUUAAGGGUACAAUGUAAAGCUCUCAUAGCUAUAUUGAUCAACUUUGGAUGCUUGCAGGAUCCAUGGUUCUCUUGUUUAUUAAGAGAUUCUGUUCUUUUUUA